AUGUUGCGGAAGCGUACCCGGCCUUUGCCGCCGGCCACUCCACUCCGCAAAGCUGUUACAGGGUGGUCACCCCGGUCAAUCGCCGCACCGCCGUUACCUGGACCACAGCGUACGACAGAACCGCAACGAUCGGUUAAGCACCCGCAUGGCAGUCCAGCAGUAACGAAAGUCGGAGCCCCCGAGGCGGCAAAACGUACAGCGGCCAAAGCGCCCGCAGCGGCGACCUGCGCUACAACGGUAGUAGCCGCUGAGCCAACCGUCGUCGCAGCAUUGCCUCGGCGUAGCCACGUCUCUACAGAGACACUGGCUAGCCCCGGAGGAGACUAUCCAGAGCGACGCAGUGAGGUCACUCUUCGGACCUGGAGACAACGACCGAUCAGCCUACCGGAGCGAGCGCUCACACGUCCACCGGCGCACUAUCUUAUCACGGGAGACCAACGUCUCAAGCGGCGACAAUCCUACCCCAGACUACGAGGUUUGCCACCUAGCCUGUGGGGACGUAAAGUUGCAAACGCCGCUACGCAGACGACUUCUCCGGCCCGGGUACAUAGAGGCACAUCACCAAGAACACCUCCAGGGGAUACCCCACAUUGGAGUGAAGACAGCAGCAAGGAGGAUACGCCGGAGCCACCACGCAACGGGCCAAUCCGCGUGACAAUAACGGAGCCGCACAUCGCUUAUUGCGAGCGAUUUUGUAUAUAG